ACCCGGGGCAGCAAAAAUCGAUUUUUCAUUCGAAAGGUUAUCGGGUAGGACGUGUGGGAAUGUGAAGAAUAUCCGAGAGUGGGAAAGCAAAUAAGAGAAGAAUUUCUAGAGUGCGGCGCGGAAGCACGGUGCGAAGUCCGGCGCGGAGGGUUAUCCGGUCGUGAGGCAGAUAGCGGUUUGAAACACAGAGGAAGUAGGGACAGGACUGGUGGGGACACCCCAAAUUAUCCAGGAAUUCCGCCCAAAACAUUGGUUAAAACGCGGUACAAGCGAGAGACCAAUACGGAAGCCUACCAGGAUUCAAUCCGGAGAUGUGAUCGCGGAUAAGGACACUUUAGUAAGGCCAUAUUGACUGCAGAAUUGGACAGAAUUUCGGUGCAGUGGAAGCGAAGAUCAAGAUAUCUGGAUUUUGCUUUGCGUUUACGGACUAUCCUAGGAUAUUUUCUCGUCCUGGGACGUUCCUACUUAUAUUUCGAGAGACUGGAGCACGGGAAAGGAUUUUUACAGAAGCUGUGCUAGACGGACACGUGCGCCCGUGAGUCGGACCCAGACUCCAGACGACUUGCAGACAGGAAAGGACUGUUUGCCUCACACCUGUACUUCAGGGUACGGACUGUAGAGAGAGAAGAAGAGGCAUGACAAGAGAGAGGAGAGAAGGGGAGGGGAGGCGACUCCCGGCCGUGUGGUAUGCUGGCGUACUCAUGGCUUGUUUCACCGCCCUGGCUGCUGCUGAAGAACCCCCGACAAUCAUCCGCGCGCCGGUUGACGUGACGGGUAUCCACGGUGCCACCAUCAGCCUCGUGUGCGAGGCUAACGGAGACCCCGUGCCCACGCUCACGUGGACCAAGGGCGGCGGCAGGAAGAUCAACACCAGCAGCGGCACCAGGUUCGACGUAGUGCUGUUUAACGGAGGGAGGGGCUCCGUGCUGAGGAUAGACCCCCUGCGGACCCCGCGGGAUGACACCACGUUCGAGUGUACGGCCGACAACGGCGUCGGGGAGGCAGCUUCGGCUAGUGCGCUGCUACGUGUGCUAAAAGAGGACAGACUGCCGCCCGGGUUCCCGGUCAUCACGCGCGACCCCCAGCUGAAGGUCGUGGAGAAGGGUCGCAUGGCGACGCUGCUGUGCAGUGCGAGCGGAAACCCCGACCCUGAAAUCACCUGGUUCAAGGACAUGAGCCCAGUGGACAUGACCGACCCACGUAUUCGCCUUAUUGACUCAGACAUGGGGGAAAAGUUAUAUGAAGACCUACACAUCAGAGGAGCACUUCAAAUCGAAGAUAGCAAAGAAGAGGAUCAGGGAAAGUAUGAGUGUGUAGCGACGAACGGUGAGGGGUCCCGGUACUCCUCACAGGCGAACCUCUACGUCCGAGUGCGCCGGGUGCCUCCACGAUUCUCCAUCACCCCCACGGACGUCGAGGUCAUGCCGGGCGGUAACGUGAACGUGACCUGUGUCGCCGUCGGCGCUCCCAUGCCGUUUGUCAAAUGGCGCAAAGGAGCCGAGGAUCUUACGGACGAGGACGACAUGCCGAUUGGUCGGAACGUUCUCCAGCUUCUGAACGUGCGAGAGUCGGCGAACUACACGUGCGUGGCAAUGAGCAUCCUGGGAGUUAUCGAGCACAACGCGCAGGUCAUGGUGAAGGCGCUGCCCAAACCUCCGGACCAGCCCACAGUCAAGCAAAUGACGGACAGCUCCGUGACUUUAGAGUGGACCGAUGGUGAGAACAGGGAGCCCAUGCUGUCCUACGUCGUUCAGUGGAAGGUUUUCGCGUCCACGGUAGAUUACGACGAAGCGAGGGAAGUGACGUCCCGGCGCUACACAGUCCAGGGCCUCCAACCGUACACGGAAUACGAGUUCCGAGUGUCGGCUGUAAACAACAUUGGGCAGGGUGCGCCGAGCGAGCCACGACAGGCAACAACUGGAGAGAGAGCGCCAUCUUCCCCUCCCGUCGACGUGACUGCCCGGCCCAUCAGCUCCAGCACAAUGCUGAUCCAGUGGCGAGAACCCGAGCAGCCCAACGGCAAGAUCACGGGCUACAUCAUCUACUACACCACCAACCCCAAGCUGGACAUCACGGACUGGGCCAAGCAUCGCAUGCACAGUGGUCUGCUAACCACCAUCAGCGACCUGAUCACCAAGACAACCUACAACAUCCGCGUGCAGGCGGUCACCUCUGUCGGCAGCGGUCCAUUGUCAGACCCCAUACAAGUGAAGACAGAACAAGGAGUUCCCAGCCAGCCUACAGCAUUUCGUUGCCAAGGCCAGUCCGAGUCGAGCAUCCAGCUCAUGUGGAACGCUGCCCAGCUGGAAGAGUCAACGGUGGACAGCUACGAGCUGUACUACAACAGCAGCAUGACCAACAACGAGACCCACAUCAGCAUCCGCCCCACCGAGCAGUUUGAGCUCCAGAACCUCAAGCCCAACACCAGAUACCGCCUGCGGUUGGCCGCUCGGUCUGCGCGCGGCGUCGGCGCGUUCACGCCCACUAUCGUAUGCUCUACCGCCCAGACAGUUCCUGGUGCCCCUCCCCGCGAUGUAAGUGGUACAGCCUUGGACUCAGAGACUAUCCAAGUCCGCUGGCAACCCCCUCCGUCGGACCUUCAGAACGGGGUGCUCACGGGCUACAAAGUAGCGUACAAAGAGAAAGACGGACAAGGAGGCGAUACCAUCUUGGAUCUGCCCCCAACGGAGCAAUCCUGUACCAUUCCGGGGCUAAAGAAGUGGACGGAAUACGAAAUCUGGGUCCUCGCUUGUACCGUAGUCGGCGACGGACCCAGAAGCGAAGCACUCGUCGUGCGAACUGACGAAGAUGUGCCAGGUCCUCCUCGACGCGUAAACGCCGAGCCAAUCAACUCCACCUACAUCAUGGUUACCUGGCGACCGCCCCGCCCGGAACUGGCCAACGGGAACGUACGCGGCUACCAGAUCCACUACCAGAGGCUCGCGUCGAGCGGGGAGCCAGUCGGGUACCCGAUGAUGAAGGACGUUAUGAACCCAGAGACCGAGGAAAUGGCUAUAGGAGCCCUGGAGCCGGAUACGAAGUACUCAGUGCAAGUGGCAGCGUACACCCUCAAGGGGGAUGGACAACGCAGCAAGCCAAAGGAAGUUAGCACGCUUGGAAAUGUGCCCAACAAGCCGCCAGUGGAGCUGACCCGGACCCGGGACGGUGUUCAGGUGGAGUGGACCACACCGACUAGGACGUUUGGACAAGUCCGUGGUUACCGCGUGCGCUACGGCCGCAAGGGAGAAGACCUGCGCAUCAUGCAGUUCUCUGCGUCCACUGACUACUAUGUCUUCACUGGUCUCGCCAAGGGAACACUGUACGAAUUCCGUGUUGCGGCCAAGAACGGCGCAGGGGUCGGCGAAGAGAACAUCCAGCAGUUCGAAACCCCCGAGGAUCGUCCGGACGGUCCGCCUGAAAACAUCACUUCGACCGCGGUGGACGCCAGGACCAUCAAACUGGCCUGGGACGCGCCCACACUCCAGCUGAGAAAUGGCAGGAUCACCAAAUACAGCGUGCGCUAUAACGACAAGUCCAACAACGGUCCGGAGAUCACUAACAUCACCACCAUGCAGGAGAUUAUGUACAGGAACCUGCGGCCGAGCACGCAGUACGUGUUCCGCGUGCGCGCUCACACGAGUGUCGGCCCCGGUCCCUGGAGCUCCCUGGUCCAGCAGGGUACCCUGUAUGCAAAUCCGACCACUUCAAGCCAAACAGUUCCCAACACCAAACCAGAAGAAGAGAUGAUGGCCAAGCCCCUGAACCCCCAGGCAGAGACCCUGAGCCCCACGUCCAUCAAGGUGUGGUGGCAGAUGCCGGCCAACGCGCUGGACGGGCUGAUCGGGUAUCGCAUCACCUACUCGCGCAACCCCACCGGAGACGACUCUACCUGGCUCAGCAAGGAUGUUGGCCUGGUGACACAGGCAGUUAUAGGGAACCUGGAGGAACAGACUGAAUACAGCAUUCAGGUCACACCGCUGUACGUGAGAGGGGUGGGACCGUCUUCGGACAUUAUGAUCCACAGGACACAGCAGAACGUUCCUGGCACUCCGCGUAACGUCCUGGUGAAGACGUCUGACACCAACAGGAUGGUUCUGCAGUGGGACCGGCCCAUCGACGGGGCAGACAACGUGCAGAGCUACAAGAUUAAGUACUAUGCUGACAAGCAGUUCCUGGAUGAGUCCGGCAAGAAGAAGUCGUACGAGUUCAGUAACACCAUCGUGACCUCGGUCAACUCCAAGCAGCAGGAGAUCUCGGACCUGAAGCCGCACACCACCUACUUCUUCGAGAUCUGCGUCAUCCGCGAGAACGGCCAGGAGGGGCCCGUCAUCAAGACGUUUGAGAAGACGCUCAGAGAUGUCCCAGGAGUGGUGAAACCUCCAAGCUUCCAGGCCAAGGACUCCACUGAAACCACGCUUCCCAUGACUCUGGUGCGGAGUUCGGAGGAGAACGGACCUGUCGAGUCCUACGUGAUUGUAGUGGUCCCUGUUACGAAGGGUUCCGAUGGUAACUACGUGAUGCCUCGAAAGGCCCCCGAUGACUAUACUGAUGAAGAGUUGCAGGGAACUGUGCAGGCACUAGCAUCAUCCGACUCUGUCUUGCCGGCACGUCCUUACAUCGCUGCCAAGUACAAGGCUGAGGACUUCCCCACGGCGUUUACCGUUGGCGACGGGAGCAGGGUGAACGGGUUCUACAACAAGCCCCUGGAGACGGGGAAACACUACGUGGCUUUCCUGCGUGCCUACAUCCCACCUCGCCCCCCACCUGCUAACCCUGGGCACCAGAACACCUGACCCACCCCACGGACCCUGUGGAGCUCCGCAGACUCAACUACCAAACUCCUGCCAUGAUGAACCACCCUCCCAUCCCAGUGUUGGAGCUGGCUGAGCACAUCGAGCGACUCAAGGCCAACGACAAUCUCAAGUUCUCUCAGGAGUAUGAGUCCAUCGAGCCUGGGCAGCAGUUCACAUGGGAUAACUCCAACCUGGAGGUCAACAAGCCCAAGAACCGCUACGCUAACGUCAUCGCGUACGACCACUCACGAGUCAUCCUUCAGAACAUCGACGGAGUCCCGGGAAGCGACUACCUGAACGCCAACUACAUGGACGGUUACCGACGACAGAACGCCUACCUUGCCACACAGGGUCCUCUACCCGAAACCAUCCCCGACUUCUGGCGUAUGGUGUGGGAACAGCGCAGUGCUACUGUGGUCAUGAUGACUAAACUAGAGGAGAGGACCAGGGUGAAGUGCGACCAGUACUGGCCGACCAGGGGGACAGAGACGUACGGGUCAGUCCAGGUCACGCUGCUGGACACCAUUGAGCUGGCCACCUACACUGUCAGGACUUUCGCUCUCUUUAGGCAUGGCUCAAGUGAGAAGCGUGAGGUGCGGCAGUUCCAGUUCACGGCCUGGCCAGACCACGGCGUGCCCGAGCACCCCACCCCCUUCCUGGCCUUCCUCAGGAGAGUCAAGGCCUGCAACCCACCUGACGCAGGGCCCAUGAUCGUCCACUGCAGCGCUGGUGUGGGCAGAACCGGGUGCUUCAUUGUCAUUGACGCCAUGUUGGAGCGCAUCAAGCACGAGAAGACUGUGGACGUGUACGGCCACGUGACGCUGCUCCGCGCCCAGCGGAACUACAUGGUGCAGACGGAGGACCAGUACAUCUUCAUCCACGACGCCAUCUUCGAGGCCGUUUCCAGCGGCAACACGGAGGUCCCCGCCCGGAACCUGUACGCCCACAUACAGAAGCUGACGCAGAUCGAACCCGGAGAAACGGUGACUGGAAUGGAGUUGGAAUUCAAGCGGCUGGCCAAUACCAAAGCUCACACCUCCAGGUUCGUCAGUGCCAACCUUCCCUGCAACAAGUUCAAGAACAGAUUAGUCAACAUCAUGCCAUAUGAAUCAACACGUGUGUGCCUGCAGCCAAUCAGAGGCUGCGACGGAUCGGAUUACAUCAACGCCAGCUUCAUCGAUGGCUACCGACAGAGGAACGCCUACAUCGCCACGCAGGGUCCUCUGGCGGAGACGACGGAAGACUUCUGGAGAAUGUUGUGGGAGCACAACUCCACCAUCAUCGUCAUGCUGACCAAGCUGCGGGAGAUGGGCAGGGAAAAGUGCCACCAGUACUGGCCGUCCGAGCGCUCCGCACGCUACCAGUACUUCGUGGUGGAUCCCAUGGCUGAGUACAACAUGCCGCAGUACAUCCUGAGGGAGUUCAAGGUCACCGACGCUAGGGACGGACAAUCUAGGACAAUCCGCCAGUUCCAGUUCACCGAUUGGCCAGAGCAGGGCGUGCCAAAGUCUGGCGAGGGAUUCAUCGAUUUCAUUGGUCAGGUCCACAAAACAAAGGAACAGUUUGGACAGGAGGGGCCAAUCACAGCCCACUGCAGUGCGGGUGUCGGUCGGACGGGUGUGUUCAUCACCUUGGCGAUCGUGCUGGACCGGAUGAGGUACGAGGGCGUGGUGGACAUGUUCCAGACCGUCAAGAUGCUGCGCACACAGAGACCCGCCAUGGUACAGACAGAGGACCAGUACCAGUUCUGCUAUCGUGCCGCGCUGGAGUAUCUCGGCUCGUUCGACCACUACGCCAACUGCUAACAUGUCCGGCCUUCGCAGCCAAACGCCACGGACUCGUUCGCUCCAAGCAGCCAAAAUCUUUUGUACGAUUCAAUCAAUCCAACACCGAUACCUCAUGGACCAAGUUGCAACGAAGAGACAUCCUCGCUUGGCUACCACGCCGGACAUGCGUUAGUUAUAACCAUUGUUGUGUUUGUUUACUCCAAGAGUCUGCUUUAGUUUGUGGUUAAGUUGGCACCAAAUUUGUGCUCAACUUCUUCAAAAUUCAGACUCGGUGGUCAAAAAGCAUUAGGCACCUUGCAGAUAAAGUCAGAAGUGCAAGUGUUGAAAUUGAGGGUUGGUUAAUUUCUUGAUAGCGAUGGACAUUGUUUUGAACCACUUUCUCUAUAGCAGGCCUAUACAAGGAAGUCUGAAAUUUGGUUAUGGUUGUUGGUUGACACAGACUCAUAAAGCAACAUGUAUUACACUGCACACAACCUCUACUCAAGUCACUUACUGCCAGAGAUACUCGAACAAUCAAGAAGGACAGAUAGCCUCAGCAUCUUAGAGGGAAAAUUGAGUUCGUCUGAAAAAACAAGAAGUGCCGAAUUUGUAUCAUAAUGUUGUGAUGGACAAACAACAAAAUUCUGUACAUAAAUUUUUGUACCUGUAUUUUUAGUAGCUGUACUUUUAGUUGUGAAUAUAUUUUGCAUAAGGGAUGGAGAUCCGAAGGUUGCACAGUGCUACAGGACUGGGUAAAAAUCCAGACUUGUCAGAGCAUGGCUUAUGUUUUGAACAUGUACCUAUGCACGUUUAUGUGCAUUGUUGAAGAAUCCAACCAUUGUAUGAUAAUACGCCAAUGAAUUUUUCGUAUGAUAUCUCAUUAGUUGUAUUUACGUUGUUCGAGUGAUGAGCCAAGAGUCUCAUAUCAAAUAUUUUUGUAUGACGUUGAAAUUGUAUUAUCCUCGCUUUCAGCAAAUCCUAGGUUGUAUUUCGUAGGUUUGAUCUUCGUUUGUAAGCUAGACAGCUUGUCUGUGUUUAAGAUAUCACUUAACAUAGCAAAGAAAAGAUAUGCGAAUGUGUGUGUAUGUAUGUAUGUAUAUAUAUGUGGGGAGUUUCGACAUAUGAUGCCAUCAUCGACUUGGCAACUCCAAAAAUGGUGUAAGGGACCUGACCUGUACUCCUAUCAUAGAUUAACUAAUUUCUGGUGAGUUUUUGUUUCCUAAGACAUGCUCCUAAGUCUUCAACAAUUCAUUGUGAUUAUUUGUACACCUUUUGAGAUACAAACUUCCUAAUAUCUAUGAAUCUUUUUGACAUUUCUCUCAUCAGAAAAGAUUUCUUUAGGCACUACGGAACGUAAUGUACCCGGCUGCAAGUUUGUAAUCCCGUUUUGUUGAAGAUGUUUGUAGGAGUCAGAUGAAAUGGUGGUUGGCCCUUGCCUCUUACUAAGUUAUGUUCAUUUCCUUAUUGACUCAACUCCCCAGAUACACAUGCAACAUUUUGUUAAGUAUCUUAAACAAGUUUAACAACAGUAUAAAAUGCAGAAAAUCAAGAUUUUCGUUGAACUUUUCCUGUUUGGAAUAGCUGUCUCAAAGAUUGUCAAACUUCCUACUGCCAAUUUUGAUUACUUUGUUGAUGGGCUUGUCUGUCAGAAAGUGAAUACGUCUGUUACACUGUAAUGUCCGACGGUGCUAAAACCUAUGAUACCGCAAGAAGGAUGUAAGAUAUUUGCUUGUAUGUAAAAUGUAAUGAAACUUCACCUGUGUGCUUGUACAUUUUGAGUAUUGUGAAAGGUUGUAAAAUGACGGGGGAUGCCUUGUGUUCUGUAGAUUGUUUAGAAGUUCUCCAAAGCAUCAGUUCUUGUUUCGCCUCUUGUAUGAAAGUGAUGUCACCAAUUGUAACACUGCAACUUGGCCAAACUUCUCUGAAAACUUUUUGUAAUGUGUUUUCGAAGAACGAAAUCAUGGAUGUAUCUUACAACCAAGCAGAAGUUCCUGUUGAUAAGUGUUAUUUAGUAGAUGAUCAUUGUCUCAAGAUUAACAAAGUAGAAAUUGUCACAGCAUAGCUCUGCAGAUUUUGACAUCUGAAACCAAGCCUGUACUGUACGUACCCCAGAGCUCAUUAACCAAAUUUAUUCCAAACUCAAGAUUCAGAGUUUCAGAAAAAGAAUGCUUGAACCAAGUGGAGCAUGUCAGCUUUGGCCAACUGACGUGCCAGAAAUGUUACUGAGAAAUAGAGAGGGCUUCUGCAGACUAUGUGCAGGUUUUGUUCGUUGGUUGUGUGGUUAAUUUACAGUUCAAACAAGUUAAUGGUGCCAUGAAAUACUUACCUGACAGUAUAGUGACCAGUUUUAUGGUUAUGGGUGGUAACUUAGCGUUCCAGCUGUGUUUCGAACAAGUCAGUGAAUCGAUUGUAUUCAAUACUGCGAAACCACGAAGCAACACGAACAUGUCAAGUUUAGAGCGUAAGACCAGCCCAAGUUUAUGUCUUGGUUCGAAAUUGUAAAAAAAGAUUGUUUAGCGGUAAGGAACAUGCAUGACUAAAGUAUCACAUACUUUGUCAUGCACACAUGUAAAAAAUUAUACAUAUAUAUCAUUUCAUUUCAUAGUAGUACCUAACAUGCUGCAUUCAGUCUUAGAUUUCAAAAUCUGGAAGAAAUGUAUUGGGAAAAACUGAGAACCAAGUUAUAAGGUUGGUGUGGUCUGGAGCAGUUUACAGUAAGAUGUGUAUAGAGAGUUGGCACUGUAACGUCUGUAGUUACUAGAUCACCAUGUUCGAAGGUAAUCAGCCCCAUCAUUUGUAUUUACGCAUGUACAAAUUUUGCCAAAGAUUGCUGAUAAGCAACGCUUGUUUGGAAUAAAUUGUCUGAAAGUUAA